UACAAGCGCCGCAUCGAGGAGAGAUCAAGACUCAACCAGAAUGAUUGCUUUCUUUUCAUGUUUUACCUCUGCUCGAUGAGGUCAAAGGUCAUUCAAAGGGAUCAUCUGACUCCAGUGUGAGUGAAAAGCAAGAAAUCUUCAUGGUGGCACUGAAAUGCCACCCAUCAUGCGCAAGAGGCAGAACUGUGUGAUGCAUGCUGCGUUCCUGACCAGACACGGGUCGAGGGAGACGGACGCCUGUCUGAGGAAAGCUCAGUUUCACAUGGACCUCUGGUGCUGCUUCACCAUCCAGAACUGGCUGCUGGACUUUGGGAGACACUUGGUCAUGAUAUUUUGUCCUUUGGAGUGGUUCCCUUUGAACAGACCCAGCGCUGGCGACUACUUCCACAUGCUGUACAACAUCACUACACCCUUCCUGCUGCUCAAGCUCAUAGAGCGAAGCCCGAAGACGUUGCCUCGCUCCGCCGUCUACCUGUGCAUCAUCACGUUUGUGAUGGGCGCGAGCGCACAUCUGGUGGGAGACUCCAUCAACCAUCGGCUUCUGCUCAGUGGAUACCAGCUGCACCUGAGCGUCAGAGAAAACCCCAUCAUGAAGAACAUCAGACCACAAACUCUGAUUGACUCGUUUGAGUUGCUACAGUAUUAUGAUGAAAGUCUGGGUCAUUGCAUGUGGUAUGUUCCUUUAUUUCUCAUCCUAUUCCUGUAUUUCACUGGCUGUUUCACUAUUGUCAAAUCGGAGAAGAAGAUGCCCAUCUCCGCUUGGCUUCUACUGGGUCCUAGUGGCCUUUACUACUGGUAUCUUGUGACGGAAGGACAAAUUUUCAUCCCCUUCAUUUUCACGUUUUUUGCCAUGACGGCUACAGUCGUGCACCAGAAGCGUAAAGGUUUUCUGCCCGACAGUAACGGACUCUUCCUGCUCUACAGUUUUUCGAUAUCGCUCGUGUUAGUGACCGUCUGGGUCGCCUGUCUGUGGAAGGACACGGUGUUACGGAAGAAAUAUCCAGGAGUGAUGUAUAUACCGGAGCCGUGGGCCCUUUACACGCUGCACCUGAGAGACAAACACGUGACGCUCACAGACUGAACCUGUCAGGCCGGAUCAACAAAUCUGACUGUCACUGCAACCAUAAACUCUUUAUUCAUGUGUUUAUAUGCAAGUAACGUCACGUUGCACCUUCAAAAAUGGACUUUAUGCACAGCAUGCAUUGUAUGAAUUUAUGCUAAAUGAAUCCAUUUCCACCAGUCAAAGUUAUGUAAUAUUCUAUUCUAUUCUAUUCUAUUCUAAAUUGUCAAGAUACACUGGCGUUCAAAAGUUUGGGGUUAGUGUGUUUUUGUUUUUUUAAGAAAUUAAUACUUUUAUUCAGCAAGAACAUGUUCACCUGAUUUAUAUAACAUUAUAUUCCUAAAAACAUUUUUUGUCUGUUGACAUUAUUUUCUGAUUUAUAUAGUGAUAAAAGAGAGAUCCAAAAUGUUAACGAAGUGAAAAAUGAAUUUUGAACCUGGCUUUAUCCAUGUGUUCUGAUUUCUGUUCUGGAAAUGUAUGCAAAUUAGACGCAUAUUUAUUUAGACAAUGCCUCAUUUGCAUAUGUAGCCUAAAACAUAUCAGAAGACUUGCAAUCCAAAAUAAAGGUGAUUAAUCGA